AUACGGGUACGGAAUUAUCAAAGGAUUGAAUAAUACGUCAAACGCAGUGUACAUUGCCUGAACAGAACCUGCCAAGUGUUCAUCAAAACCAAUUCAAGAUGUCAUAUUUUGAUGGGAAUAUUUUAGAUCAAAUGAGCUUUUGAGAUAAACUGCACUUACCACAACCAUCAUGGCGAUGUCAUCUUUAGCAGAUUACGGGGAUUUGAGCAGGCUUCGGUCCUGGUCCCGACACAGCCACUAUGAGACUCCAAAAAGCAUGCGAGGAGUGUGGAGAACUUCAUACCAAAAUUCGUUUAACGGCAAGAAAAUUGGGUAUAACCCCGACAAGAUUAUUGUAGACUACUUUACGGGCCAAAGACAAGUCGUUCCAACCCGUAACAGUCUGCAAGAAGAACGAAAAAGGACGAGACUUAACGAGCGUGCACGAAACGGCUUCCGUUACUGGACACUAGAAAAACCGAAAACAACUUCCUGUAAGUAUGUGCACAAUUGGAAAAUAUGGAACCGGGGCCUUCAAAACUGUACUUGGAGUUGGUAACGCCCCUAGAACAUAGACAGAUGGACUUGUGUGUGAUUUGCGUGUUUAAGUUAUAUGUAAAUAUCUUGUGGAAAUGAUUAUUUAUGUCAUAAAAAUGCAUCUAUUGUUACAGGAGUUGAGGCAUCAAUGUCAUUAUGUGACCGAAGUUGUACAAUGAUCGUUCCAUGUCAAGUUAAACAUCUUAUAACAGUAUCGAAGUGUGAAAGUAAAAAUACUAUGUCCGCUUAUUUAUUUCACCACUCAAAUCUUUCCACGUUUAAUCCUUGAACUUUAAGUUUGGUUUAAGAGUGUAAGUAUGUACUUACAAAAAUGAAUGGUACGACGCAUUACAUACUAACAAUCUUUGGGACAGUCCCUGUUAAUAUAUACCGCUUCACCUGAUUAAAAUAAACAACGGCUGACUGCUAAUUUAGUGAAAUAGUAAUGGGGGAAUCUAGAGAGACUGCCUUCUCAUUAGACAAAAUAUAAUGUGGACCUCUAAAAACAUAAAUUAGAUAUAUUACGUUCCAAUAUGAAAAAUAUAGUAAUCUUAAAGUGUACCUUAAACUCAAAGUGUUUCUGUUUUCUUUUUUAAUAAACCAUAUAGUUUAUAUACAUUACUGAUUAUACGUAUAUAGAUAGUGUCUAUUACAAUACAACAUUUAUGGGCUGUUGUUUUUUAAUUCAUGAAUACGUUAUUGUACAAAGACAACCAGUCCAUAUAUAAACACACGCUUAUACAUAAUUUUAUGUAUGACACAUAUUUCUAUUUAUAGUCUACAACAACUAUGUAAAAUAAGUGUUUGAAUCAUAAAUUGUAAAUAUAUAAUAAUAUGUUAUAUAAUAAACGAAUGUAUUUUA